AUGUCAUUCUCUCCUCUCACCUCGAUCUCCUUCAUCGACAUCUCACACCACACUGGACACGUCACCGCUAUCGCCGAUAACAUCCGAUUUUUGAGAUAUUUAUGUGCGGGGCGGGUUAACCACAGCGUGUCUUUGUCUUUGGCCUGUUUGUGUCUGACCAGGAAGGAAAAAGGUGACCUCUCUGCUCUUGGUUUUUUUUCUCCUUCUCCCCCUGCAGACAAGUCUCAAAGUUUCGUUUUCUUUGACGACGUCCACCUGCUGUCAGAGACCAUCCAGGGGGUCACCGCCACCGCCUCCACCGGGAUCCAGUACCAGCAGUCCUGGCUGUGCAUCCUAUGCAACGUGAAGUAUCUCCAGAGGCGUCACGUGUGCAUCUCCCGCCUGGAGAGGCCACAGAACUGGGGGGAGAACUGCUGCGAGGUCCGCUACGUCAUCCUGAUCCUGGCUCCACUCAAAAUGAAAAGCACCAAGACAGCGAUGGAGCUGGGCAGGACGUUCGCCACCCUCUUCUCCGACAUCUCCUUCAGGCAGAAGCUGCUGGAGACCAAGACGCAGGUGGAGUUCAAGGAGGCGCUGGUGUUCCAGAUGCACCAGCUGAGGGCCACCAACCAGCCGCCCACGGUCCUGGGGAAGGAGGAGACAGACCCCCGCAGCCACAAGCCGCUGCAGUGCAAAGACUUCCUGAAGGCCGGCCGGGGGAUUUACGAGGACUUUCGCCGCCGGCUGCCGUUCUACCCGUCCGACUUCACGGAUGGUAUCGUCGGCAGUAACAAGACGCUGCUGAAGUACAUGACCACGGCCAUCUUCCUCUACAUCGCCAUCCUCCUGCCCGCCAUCGCGUUCGGCUCCCUCAACGACGAGAGCACGCGCGGCGAGAUAGAUGUCCGGAAGACCAUCAUCGGCCAGAGCAUCGGCGGCGUCAUCUACUCGCUGUUCGCCGGCUCGCCGCUCGUCAUCCCUCUGACCACCGCUCCCCUCGCCAUCUUCAUCAGCGUGAUUCGAGGGAUCUGCGACGACUACAACCUGGACUUCCCGGCCUUCUACGCCUGCAUCGGCUUGUGGAACUGCCUCUUCCUCAUCCUCGCAGGCAUCUUCAACGUCAGCCUGCUCAUGAAGCUCUUCAAGAGGUCCACCGAGGAGGUCAUCGCGCUCUUCAUCUCCAUCGCGUUCGUGGUGGACGCAGUGAAAGGAACUUUCAAAAUCUUCUACAGGUACUACCAGGCGCCGACGCUGGCCAACAGCAGCGCGGGGGCCUUCCCCGCCGCCGCCGCCACCGCCACCGCCGACCUGCUCAGGGCGAACGGGAGCCAGGAGGCGGCGGCCGCGUUCGCCGCCAGCGCCCUGCCGGCGUCCGUCAUCCAGUGCACCCGCGAGAGGCCCGUCCUGUGCCUGCUGCUGAUGCUCGGGACCUUGUGGAUGGGCUACACCCUCUACCAGUUCAAGAGGAGUCCGUUCCUGCAUGCCAAAGUGAGGGAGGUGCUGUCGGACUGCGCCCUGCCGAUCUCGGUGCUCCUCUUCUCCUUCAUCGGCUCCUACGUCUUCAGCGACAUCGAGCUUCCCGUCUUUAAAGUCCACGACCGGCCCGUCUUCAGGGUGGCGCCGUUCGAGCGGCUGUCGGCCAUGAACGUCGUCAGCGCCAUGGGCCUCGGCUUCCUCCUGGCGCUCCUCAUCUUCAUCGACCAGAACAUCGUGGUCUCGCUGACCAACGCGCCGGAGAACAGGCUGCUGAAGGGCACGGCGUACCACUGGGACCUCAUGCUCUCGGGGCUCAUCAACAUUCUGAUGUCGGUGAUGGGGCUGCCCUGGAUGCACGCCGCCUUCCCGCACUCCACCCUCCACGUGCGCCAGCUGGCCUUCGUGGAGCAGCGCGUGGAGGGUGGCCACCUCUACGAGACCAUCGUCCAGGUGAAGGAGACCCGGCUGACGUCUCUCACCGCCAACAUCUUCAUCGGCGUGUCGGUGCUGCUGCUUCCUCUCCCGCUGCAGUGGAUCCCCAAACCCGUCCUGUACGGCCUCUUCCUCUACAUCGCCCUCACCUCCAUCGACGGGAACCAGAUGUGCGACCGCAUGGCUCUCCUCCUCAAGGAGCAGACGUCUUACCCGCCCACCCACUACAUCCGCAAAGUGCCCCAGAGGAAGAUCCACUUCUUCACCUUCCUGCAGAUGAUGCAGCUGCUGAUACUCUGCACGUUCGGCAUGUACCCGAUACCCUACAUGAAGAUGAUCUUCCCUCUGCUCAUGGUCAUGCUCAUUCCGAUCAGGAACAACGUGCUUCCUCACAUCAUUGAGGCCAAGUACUUGGACAUAAUGGACGCCCAACACAUGUAGCUGCAGAGGGAGACGCGUUCUGGAUCUGCAAAUAGACGUCUGGAAUUUAGAUAAAGAGAGGAGGAGAAGAAGAAAAAAAAGAGAAAUAUUUUUCAAUGCAAAACCGUACGGAAGCAAAAAAGGGGAUCAACUGACUGUUUUGAUUUUUGUAUCUGAUUAGAACUUUCUUGCAGGUGAAGCACUGUAAAUGUGAGAAAGAGGUGAGAGGCGUGUGUCAUGUAAACGUGGACAGACCGCAAAAAAGAAAAAAAACUACCCGUCCAGAACUCCUCGUUUCACACCCAUGACCCCCCCACACACACACACCUUUACAUUUACAUAUAGUAGCAUCUUCCAGCGAGUCCCUCCGUGUGUUAAAGCUAAAGACCAGUGCUUCGGGUGCUUCUCUUUGACACUUUGCACCCACGUUGCGUCAUCAUUUCCGCAGAGGAGUUAACGGGCAGGAAUUCUGCAUUCAGGCCUCCGCCGCGUAAACCUGUACCUCUUUGUAACCGUGUCAUUGUGCAGUGUUGAAGACCUUUGCAUUCCUUCACCUUUUAGCUGUGAUUCCCUUUUUUUCUGUGAAGGACACAUAAUAUUUAGUCCCUAAGUCAGUCCAACCAGUGUCAGCGUCCAUGAAGGCGGAAAGAGGAGCGCGUGUGUGUGUGUGUGUGCGUGUGUGUGUGCGUGUGUGUGUGUGUGUGCGUGUGUGUGCGUGCGUGCGCGCGUCUUUGUGUCACAUCACUAAUCUGUCUUUCAUGUAGCUUCCUGCCGGCUCUUAGAAAAACCUCAUUUUUAAGGUGAAAUUUAAGCUCUCAGACGAAAUAACUUUAAAAGACAUUCCACAGGUAUGUAUGUAAUUAUUUAGAACGACAGCACAAACCAAAACAUAUAGUGAAAUCUGUAUCAAAUUAUGAAAUAUAUUAAGAGUAUAUUAUGGAACUAUACAAAAUAUUCUAGGUUGAAUUCAAAUAUAAUAUUUAUUUAGUUUCACCUGUACGUAGAAGGAGCGUUUUGUGUGCAGUAAGCUGCUCCACAUCCCACGGUUACUGAUUCCUGUAUCCUGAGCGUCUCGUCUCAUCAACCACGUUCCUUCCAGCUUCACGUCCAAGUCCAACACGUUCUGGUGCAUUGCUAGUGAAGACGAAAGUCAGGUAAACGUAAACGAAAAAACAGAAAUACAUUUAAAUAUAUAUAUAUAUAUCUGUGAGCUUUGGAUUCAACAAAAUUCCUUUAUUUUUUUGUGAACAUGUGCUCAGAGAUGAGUUUUAGAAUAAUCUGCUCUUGUUUUCUAUUUAGAUGUUAUGAUUAGAUUAAUGCUUGCAAACGUUGUCAUGUAAUAAUCCACAUGUCUGGAAAGAUUAUCUUGUUAUCUAAUACAAAAAAAAGACCAAAAAAAAAGUUCAGUUUCCAAGCGAGCGCUGCUUUUGCUUGCAGCAUGACUCGUCUUGGCUUUUUUGAUACCACGUGACGCCCGAUGGACGCGUUUGCUGCACAACACGCACGCACGCGCGCGCGCGCGCAGGCAGCCGCUCAAGACGGUCACUUCUCCACCAACCCAGAUGCAACGCUCGAUAUUCAGCAAUACUGUGUAUAAAAAUCCGGGUUUCCCAGCGACGGCGAAGACACGCCUAGCUGCAUUUUUGAGAGACGAUCUUGUCGGUCCAUCCUCACGGUAUAAAAAAAUAAAGAAAGAAAGACCCCCACUCUGUGCUGAUUCAAUUACGGCACAAUAAAAAAAAAGAGAGGAAGUUUUCCCCUCGCUGCCGGCUGCAUGACUCACUCUCUCUAAACGGCAGCUUCCCCCGACUCCGUCUCAUGCAGAUGUGAGGAAGAUGUCCAAUUUGAGCAGAUGUCUCCCGCCGAGAUAGCGGCGUUUGCAUAAUCCCCCGGAUGGAGGCUUACCGGUGGAGAGAGGGGAGCGAGGCGGUGAAGGUGUGAAGUGAUAUGUGCAGUUCGCAGAGUUUAGUUUUUAUCACGUGUCCGUUCUAAUCCACGGCGAGGUGUUGGUUUCCAACCCGAGUGCAGAGAUCUAACCACCCUUCUUCUUCUGUGACAGUGCUGUUCCUCCCUAUCUUCUCUGUGCUGAUGAUCUUUUGGAAUAACUUCUCUCAGAGGAUUUAACAUUGGGUUCAGAGUGAAAGACAUGAGUCCCUCCCCCCCCCCCCUCCCUCCCUUUCCUCCCCUUGUAAUUGAAUUUGUUUGAAAAUUGCGUACUGUGGUGUUUCUUUUUUCUUUCCUGGUUUCAUAUAGCCUACUUUUUCUAAUCAUGAAUGUAAGGUGUGGAUUUUUAUAUAGCAUAAUAAUAAUUUAGGUGUCAAACAGAAUCUGUAAUUUUUGUCAAAAAGAUCAGCUAUAUUUGUAAGCUGUAAUAUGUAAAAAAUUAGAAAAAAAUGGUUAUAAAACAGAAUGUGUUGAUUUAUUAUAGUAUGUAUAUAUAUAUACUGUACACUGAAAAAGAGAGACUAUCUCAAGCUGUUUGCCAAAUAAAAAGUAGUAGUGA